ACUUUAUGUCCACCUCAAUGUUUCUUCUAGUCUGUUGUGGCACGAGGGUCUUCCAUGCAGUCCCUGGUUUCACCAUGAACUCUCCGUACUUCGUGCAGACGUGCAGGUCUGUUGUGACCCGGAGUGGAGCUGGGGCUGCAGGCGGAGCUGCUGCAGGCUCUCUCCGGUCCAAACUCACCCGGUCAGCGGGGGUUGGAGCCGCGGUUCCCCCCGUGGAGGUGAAGGUAGAGGCCGAGGAACCCAAGGUCUCCUCGGUCCCCUCCACAACAACCGGAAGCUGUAAUGAAGUCAUCCAGCAGGCCACAGUGCUGAUGAAAACAGAGACUGUGGUUUUACAAAACUCUCCACGUGGACACAAGAGAACACAUCUCAAAGUGGAAUAUGACAGGAAUGAUGGUGUUUCCUCAGUGAAGACGGAGCACUGGGAACCUCUGAAUUGGAAGAAACCGUUAGAAUUAAUCCGUGAGAUGAGGAGCAGUCGUGAUGCACCCGUAGAUAACAUGGGAGCAGAAAAAUGCUACGACAGAAAGGCCCCUGCACAGGUGAGACGUUUCCAGGUGCUGGUGUCACUCAUGUUGUCUAGUCAGACGAAGGACCAGGUGACAGGAGCUGCUAUGCAAAAGCUGCGAGCACACGGCUGCACUGUAGAAAAUAUACUUGCCACUGAUGACGAAACACUCGGCAAACUUAUCUAUCCUGUCGGCUUCUGGAGGACUAAGGUGAAAUAUCUGAAGCUGACAUCAGCCAUGCUGCAGAGGGAAUUUGGAGGAGACAUCCCAAACACAGUGGAGGGGCUGGUUCGCCUGCCGGGAGUCGGGCCAAAAAUGGCUCACCUGGCAAUGGACAUCGCUUGGGACCAAGUGUCUGGCAUUGGUGUGGAUACCCACGUGCAUCGUAUCUCUAACAGGCUGGGCUGGCUCAGGAAACCGACCAAGAACCCUGAGGAAACACGCAAGCUCCUGGAGGAGUGGUUACCCAGGGAGUUGUGGAGUGAGAUUAACUGGCUGCUUGUGGGUUUUGGACAGCAGGUUUGCCUGCCUGUCAAUCCCCUCUGCUCUGUGUGCCUGAACCAGUACAGCUGCCCAUCAGCCCACAAGAGCUCUCCAGUGAAGAGGCCUAAAUCUGGAUCACCACGUGCUCAAAGUUCAUCUUCCCCCUGUAAAGUAAAAACUGAACCUGAGCAGGAAAUUGCAACUAAAAAUGAAAUGAUAAAGCAGGAGCCAACAUGCACCUCUACUUCACGGAGAAGACGGAUAAAGACCAAGGUUAACCGAUGAGUUAUUGUCUAAACCCGGGACAAAUGUUCAAACCAAGAAAUACUGUUUGUGUUUAUACAUAAUAAAACAGGCAUUUACUGUAUAUAAUGUAUUAUAGUAAACAAUGUGUUACACAAUGUUAGUAGUUCCCUUUAUCUGUGGACUUUUUUACACUAUUAUAGCAAUUUUUAUACUUCAA